AAUCGGCGCGUGCCCGCGUGCUGACUAGGACGAGCCGGUGCGCUGCUGUCCUAACCGGUCCGGUCGCACCAGCUCCAGCCCGGCCGCACCAUUCCCCUCCCCCUCCUCCUCCUCGCUCGAACCCUAGUCCAUGGCGUCGGCGAUUCCGCCAGUCGGCGGUGAGGGCGUCCACGGCGGCGGCGAGGGCGUCCACGGCGGCGGCGAGAUGCCGUUCUGGCCUCCUAGCGGAACGGUUGGCGUCGACGGGGAUGGCGGCGACGAGUCCAGCUCCGCGUACUCGACCGACGACGAGGAGUCGAUGUUACUCACCAUGGAGCAGCGGUUGCGGUUGGCGCAUCAGUGGGUGGCGAACCCUAGCAGCAACCAUGAGUUGACGCAUGGACUUGGCGGCGUGCUUUUGGAUGAAGACAUUUGGCAAUUAAGGAUCCAUUUUGAUGCAAGAGAACCAUUGGAGAUGAAGCUGUGUGGUUCAGAUAUUACUUAUCUAAAUUUGGUUGCAGUGAUGGAAACCCAAGGAUUUAAUGCAUAUGAUUGUUUGUUUCACAUUGAAAAUCCAUCUUUAGGAGAGAAAGGGCUGGAUUUGGUAGACAGUCAUGCAGAAUUACAGAUGAUAAAGAGGAAGAUCCAGGACAAAUUGGUGCUUAAUUUGCUAGUCAGGGCUUGUCCACCCCCUGAUACUGAUUUUGAGAUGCAGCAUUUUGAAAAGCCAGACUUGUCCACUAUGGUGUACCAAGAGCCUGUUGUUUAUGAUCUGAGUGAGCCUCCUAUCUUAGCUGUUGAUCAGGAAGGAGUAGUCUUUGAGAGUCAAUGUAGCACACAUCACCCUGUUGCUCCUGCUGGUGUUUGCACACAAGAAAGCAGAAAUGCAACUAACAAGUUGAAAGCAGUUUUGGAAGAAGAAGAGGGAUACCAAGGAUUUGAGGCUUAUGAGGACAGUGAUUCCUCUGAUGAGGAUGGUCAAAUUGGAAGUGACCCUAAUUACAUGGUUGAUGAAGAAGAUGUAGAGGUGGAAGAGGGAAAGAGGCAGAGAGAGCUAGAAGUACAAGAGGAAGAAUCAGAUGAUGAUCAAUCAGAAGAGGAAGAAAUGCUGCAUUAUGAGGGUGACACUGAAGUUGAGGACCCAUUUGAGGUAGAGGAAGAUAGGACUUUUGAACAAGAAGAAGAAACUAUAGUUGAACCUGUAAAGAAGAAGCAGAAGCUGCCAGUUAGAAGAGGCCCAACCACUAGGUCACAUUGUAGUGAGCUACCAGAGGUUGAACCUGAUUUCAGACCAUCAUCAGAUGAAGAAGAGGAGGGGUUGUUGAGGGAGAGUGAUGAUGAUGGUUUUCAGCCACUCUCUUUUGUCCUACAAAAGAAAAGGAAGAGUAGGGCAAAGAAAAGGCCUCCUAGGAAGUGGUACAAUGAGAAAAUGGAGCAACCACAUGAGCAACUAUGUAUGAAGUUGUGUUUUAGGGAUCAGCAUCAAUUCAGAGAAGCUUUGUUGAAUUUGCACGUCACCCAGGCCAGGAAUUUCAGGUAUCACAGGAAUUCAGAUCAGAGGAUAAUUGUUGAGUGUACAGAUAAAAAAUGCCAGUUCUCAAUGGUGGCAGCAGUUAUAAAAGGGGAGAAAACAUUUGUAAUUAAGAAGAUGAGACUAGAGCACACUUGCCCUAGUACCACUGAGACCACCAGGGUUAGUGCUAAGUGGCUAGCACAGAAAUAUGAUCAUCUCUUUAGAUCUGAUAUAACUACUGGUAUUCAGACUAUAAUUGAUGCAUGCAAUGAAAAAUAUGGUGUAGAUGUGCCCAAGUGCAUGGCAUAUAGGGCAAAGAACAUAGCUAUUGAUGCUGUGUUAGGAGAUCACAGGAAGCAAUAUCCUAGGCUUAAAGACUAUGCUCAGACUGUCAUGGACACAAACCCUGGGAGUAGAGUAAUAGUCACUACUGUUACUCCAGUACCUAAUGCAAAAAUACCCCACCCAGGCCCAAGAUUCCAUGCCAUGUUUUUUUGCCUUAAUGGAGCAAGGGAGGGGUUUCUCAAUGGGUGUAGGCCUUUCAUUGGUUAGUUCUUGAACCUUGUGUGAACCAUUUACAUAUCUGCAGCUUAUCUGCAGCAUCACCCUUUGUGUUGUUGUGCACAUUACCCUCCAGCGGCAGCCCAGCCAACCUCUUCCUCGUGAGAUCAUCCAUAUUAGCAUCUUUGCCUUUGCCGUCCACUACCAUGUCAUCCUCUCUCCUUCCCGUCUCCUGAUGAGCUGGGAAGUUGUUCAUGUCGGCCUCGCGUCGAUUGCCUGAACGCCCCCCUGUCCGGCCUCCCCUACGGCCACCUCUCCGACCUCGGCCCUCUCCAGGACCUUGGCUUGCGCGCAUGGCCCAGCUAGCUCAUAAAUCCUUGAAGACUAGAGCCGAAGGGGGAUGAAUCCCAGUACCGUGUUCCUUAUAAAGAUGACCCAACAUGCCACACAUGGCGCACCAAUCAGGCAGCUUCUCAUACUUUACCCUAUAGAUCUGUCUUCCCCCCCCCUCUGAUCAUAGACACAGCGUUCUGCAGGGGUUUAAACACAUUCAGCCGGAUCCACACCCUAUGGAAGUUCCCCACAAAAUCAUGAGACGGUUGUUCUGUGAAUAGCACUUCCCCCACCUUUGCGGCUAGUGGAGUAACCAGGUGAGCAAACAGAUCUGGAACAUGAUCCAUAUGUCAAUCGUCUCCAGCUUGAUGGAUGAAGGUUUUGAGACCCCAUCAUAAGGCGCAAGAAGCACUGCAUCCCCUCGGAAAUUCCAAGGUCCCUCAUGCAUAACUCUCUCCCAAUCUCCUAAACAGGACAGUUGAACUGAGUACAGAUUAUCUUCCAAGGGCUUAAAUUUGGCCUCCUGUGCUAUAUUCCAUGCUGACCGCAUGUUUCUGUAGAACCACGUCUGACUGUAUGAUUUGGAGGUGUUUACCCUAGCCAGAGCAAUCCAUCUGGGUCCCUGUGGAGGCGCAUCUUUCUCAUCAAAGAUCACAUCAUCAAGAUCUUCUUCCUUCAGCCCAAGUUCUGCCAUCAUCCGCUCGACAUCGCUUGCGCCCGAGGAGCCCGAGGCCCCUUCAGCCGCCAUCAGAAGAACCUUACCCGAUGCAAAAGUGACCGGGUAUAUUGGGGAGACCCUAGAACCACCGUUCCCUGCCUAACCUCGCGCGAGAAGAGUGCGACGGAGGAAGACAGAGAGAGAUCGCUGAUAGGGAAGGAAAAGCGAUCUACUCGACGGCAUCGUAGUCGCC